UGCAUGCAAUAAUUGGGACGAGCAUCAUCUCCUGAAUGCAUAAGACAUCCCUCAAGGUGACCCAAAGGUUACCUGUAAUACCUGGGCAUAAUGAAAGCGUGCGCGCGAGACAUUCGGCGUUACACUGUUGCAAGGUCGCGUGUAUAAGUACGGGCAAGCGCGCGCUCGCCAACGUUCACGCACCACCCGAGACAUGACGCACCGGAGCUUCGCGAUGCGAGACAGUCCAUCCGAGGACUUCCACGUGUGGAACGACUAUCUGGGUCUCCGAGCCAUGGUGGCGCGGAUGGCGCGCGCGGGCGACGUCGCCGGGCACGUCCGGUCUUCCCCGGAGGGCGCGUGGCCGGACCUCGGGAACCACGCUGAUCGGCGCGCGGGACCGUCACGUGGCGGCGCGCGGCGGGCGUCGUGGACCUCGCAGGACAGUGCGGGCACGAGGUCGGAAAGAGAGAAGGUGAUGUGUGGGUUUUGCAAGCAAAACGGAGAGACCGCGGAAAUCUACACGAGUCACCGGCUGAAGGCGCGCAACGGCCGCGUGGUGUGUCCCGUACUUAGGAACUACGUGUGUCCGAUCUGCGGCGCCACCGGGGACGCGGCGCACACCCGACACUACUGCCCCCUGCGCGCGCACGGUCAACCCUGCGACAGUGCGCCCGAGACGGGAUCGCGGUACCUGAAGCUCGUGAACGAGGUUUCCGUUCAGACCGACUCCGAAGUCAACAUGUGAACCCUCCAGAUGUUCUGUUCUGACAAACAUUACCUUUCAGACGAAGUUAUUUUUUUAUAUAUAUAAAUAUAUAAAUAUUUUAAUAUAUAUAUAUUUUUUAAAGUUUUUCUAUAGAAGAUAAAUGUUUUUUUGUAUUAUUAUGUUCCCAAGUUUUGCACAAAGUUAUAUUAUAAACGUUUUUUGUGUUUGUUUGUUUGCUUGUUUUAUUGUUAUUUUUUGUAAAAAAAAAAAAGUUUGUAUAGUGUUUCGACAGUAAAACACGUGUAUCUUUAUUUUCCAUUUUAUUUCGUUUCAUUUCUUUGUUUGUUUUUUUUAUAUAUAAAAGUUUAAUUUUUUUACUACAAAUUUUCUUUCCAAUAAAUACCUCAGUUGAAGUCAAUCUUUCAGCCCUGCGUUUAAUAUCAGUUUUA